UAAAUUUGCAAAAAGAACGAUCGUAAUUGGUUCCCUCGAUCCAUUUGAUCCCUGUUCUUUGACUUGGAGCAUCGACCGGCGAGCGCGGUGGCAGCGGAGACGGCCAUGGCGAGCUUUGGAUUGCGACGUCAUACGAUCCUUUCGAGAUGCCUCCGGAGUCUCGCUCGUCCGCUGUUUCAGCCCUCCUCGGGUCGAGGCUUCUCUUCGACCGCUAUUCCGAUCCUUUUGGAGAGGGUUGGAUUCAUAGGACUUGGAAAUAUGGGUUUCCACAUGGCAACUAAUCUCAUAAAUGCUGGAUACACCGUCACCGUUCAUGACAUUGAUAUUGGUACCAUGAAGAAGUUCUCGGAGAGAGGUGUUCCGGCAAAAGAAACUCCUCGUGAAGUUGCAGAGUCAAGUGAUGUCAUAAUUACAAUGCUACCUUCCUCGUCCAAUGUCUUGGAUGUCUAUACCGGUCAAAAUGGCUUGCUUAGUUCUGGGAAUCAUCUGAGCCCCUGGUUAUUUAUCGACUCUUCUACAAUAGAUCCACAAACAUCAAGACUGCUUUCUGAUAAAGUCUCAAAAUAUCAUCUCAAAGGAAAGAAAGGAUAUGCAGAAAAUCCCAUUAUGUUAGAUGCUCCUGUCUCUGGAGGUGUUCCUGCUGCGGAAGCAGGAACUCUUACUUUCAUGAUUGGUGGCAUGGAAGAGGCUUAUCUGGCAGCAAAGCCACUAUUUCUCUCAAUGGGUAAAAAUACUAUAUAUUGUGGUGGAACUGGCAAUGGUGUUGUAAGCUUGCUUCUAUGUCUUAAUUAUGCAGCAAAGUUAUGCAAUAACUUGGCACUGGCUAUUAGCAUGCUUGGGGUCUCCGAAGCAUUUGCACUUGGUCAAAGUUUAGGAAUUACAGCUAGUACAUUGACAAAGGUUUUCAAGUCUUCAAGUGCUCGCUGUUGGAUUAGUGACAGUUACAACCCAGUACCUGGAGUAAUGGCAGGGGUGCCUUCAUCGAGGAAUUAUGAUGGUGGAUUUACAUCCAAACUAAUGGCCAAGGACUUGACACUGGCCAUGGCAGCUGCAACGGAGGUUGGUUUUAAGUGCCCCAUUACUUCCGAAGCAUAUGACAUUUACAAAAAAAUGUGCGACGAGGGCUUUGAGUCCAAGGACUUCUCCUGUGUCUUCCGCCAUUACUACUCUGGUCUUGUGGAAGGUACCAUUCUUACUGUGCAGAAGCAGAUGGAGGUUUCCGGUGGCGCACAGACUUGCAAGAUAUUGUUGGAGAGUGCAUCCACAUGAACCAUGCAAAAUUGCAGAUUUUUUGGCUGUGAAAACUGUGUCAUCCAUAAAUAUUCUCAAUGGGGAUAAGAUAAUGUUGGCAAUUCAGCUAUCAGGAACCAGCCAUAGAGGGAGUGCCAUGUGUCAGCUGGACAACCACUCUCCUGCUUCCUGUCUAUCUAUCAUAUAUCAAGCAUAGCAGAGAAAAGAAUAGCAAUCAGAAGGCU